GCGUGUGUGUGUGUGUGUGUAAAGUCGGUUUAAACAGCAGUGAGCUGCACCAGCACACACUUCCAUGUUGUCCGUCGUACCAGUUCAGCCUGUCACGGAGAAAGCGUCCCAUCUGCACUCCUCGGUAGAACAUGCCCCGAGUCAAAAUGUCAGAGAAAACAGAAGCACCAACGAAAUCCGAUACCAGCAUGCGUGCCUUUGCGGAGCGGGUGUUUGCAUCCGAGACCAAAGAUGAGGACGUCCGAGAAGAGGUCUCUCUCUUCGACGUGUCUGAAGACUGUCCCAUCAUCCACCAGGAAAUGGCCCAGCACCUGCAGGAUGAGACAAAGGAGGAGAGGCGUAAGAAACAGCAGGCCUUUGUGAGCAGUGUGCCAGUCACUCCGUUAGCUGAAGCAGGCAUGCCUACCUACCUAGAGGUGCCUGAGUUCCAGAGAGUGGCAGUCAUUGGAGACUAUGCUGCUGGGGUGACCAUGGACGAUUUCGCAAUGUCCUGCAGGGGCCUGUAUCGUGCCCUUUGCAUCAGGGAGAAGUACAUGCGCCAGGCCUACCAGCGUUUCCCCAUAACUGCUUCUGAAUUCUUGCGUAAGAUUGAGGGAGAAAUCUGGAAGACUGAGGACCUGGUGGUGCCAGAUUUCACGCCACCACCCAAGCCCGGGGAAGACCCCUUCUGCACAAAAACCCUGCCACAGAAUCUGGGCUAUGUGGCACGCAUGCAUGAUGGUGUGGUCCACAUCUACAAAACCACAGAGGAUGCUGACAGCCACCAGCCCAUUGACCUACCCACACCAGACUAUGCCACCUUCAUUGACGACAUGAACUUCCUCAUCGCAUUGAUAGCGCAAGGCCCCACGAAGACCUAUUCUCAUCGGCGCUUGAAGUUCCUCAUGUCCAAAUUCAAUGUACAUGAGAUGCUCAAUGAGAUGGAGGAGAUGAGGGAGCUGAAGAACAACCCACACAGGGACUUCUACAACUGCAGGAAGGUGGACACCCACAUCCAUGCCGCCGCCUGCAUGAACCAGAAGCAUCUCCUGCGCUUCAUCAAGAGGUCAUACCGCGUGGACGCUGACCGUGUAGUGUACAGCAUCAAGGGCAAAGAGAUGACCAUGAAGGACCUGUUUGCAUCCCUCAAGCUACACCCCUAUGACCUCACUGUGGACUCGCUGGAUGUGCACGCUGGCAGACAAACCUUCCAGCGCUUCGAUAAAUUCAAUGCCAAGUACAACCCAGUGGGGGCCAGUGAGCUGCGGGACCUUUACCUGAAGUCAGAGAACCACAUCAAUGGAGAGUAUUUUGCCACCAUCAUAAAGGAAGUAGCAAGUGACCUUGAAGAUGCCAAAUAUCAGUAUGCGGAGCCCCGCCUCUCCAUCUAUGGCUGCAACGCAAAUGAGUGGAACAAGCUUUCCUAUUGGUUCAAUAAGCAUCGUGUCUACUCCCCCAACUUGAAGUGGAUGAUCCAAGUCCCUAGAAUUUAUGACAUCUUCAGGGCAAGAAACUUUGUGCCCCACUUCGGGAAGAUGCUGGAGAAUAUCUUCCUCCCCGUGUUCCAAGCCACCAUCGACCCACAGAGCCAUCCUGAGCUCAGCAUCUUCCUCAAACAUGUGACAGGGUUCGACAGUGUGGACGAUGAGUCCAAGCAUAGUGGCCACAUGUUCUCCACCAAUAGCCCGAAACCGGAGAAGUGGGAUAUUCCCAAGAACCCAUCAUACACUUAUUACAUCUACUACAUGUAUGCCAACAUCAUGAUGCUCAACCAGCUACGCAAGCAAAGAGGAAUGAACACCUUCCUGUUCAGGCCUCAUUGUGGAGAAGCAGGGGCAGUAACACAUUUGCUAGCUGCCUUUAUGACAGCUGACAACAUCUCCCAUGGACUGAACCUCAAGAAGAGCCCUGUGCUACAGUACCUGUACUUCUUGAGCCAAAUCCCCAUCGCCAUGUCUCCACUCAGCAACAAUAGCUUGUUCCUGGAAUAUGCCAAGAACCCCCUCCUGGAAUUUCACAAGAAGGGGCUAAUAGUGUCCUUAUCGACUGAUGACCCUAUGCAGUUCCACUACACUAAGGAACCCCUGAUGGAAGAGUAUGCCAUCGCAGCUCAGGUGUUCAAACUGAGUACCUGCGACAUGUGUGAGAUCUCCAAGAACAGUGUUCUGCAGAGUGGGCUAUCUCACGAGGAGAAGCUCCAUUUCCUGGGAGAUUGCUACCAGAAAGAUGGCCCAGAGGGCAAUGACAUCCGGAAGACAAAUGUGGCACAGAUCCGCAUGGCCUACCGCUAUGAGACCCUGGGCUAUGAGCUGAACCUCAUCAAGGAUGGUGUCAAGAGCCAAUAAGCAGACAGUGCCUUGGAGAAUCAAGCAGUUUUGUCAAAGUGGUGGUGUGUUCAGCUUCAGCUGCCAAAGUCUGUUGAGAUACUAGGGCUUUCAUUAGGAAUUAAACUUAAGUUUUAACCAAAAAGCAUUUACCUAAAACAAAAAUGCUAUAACCUGGUCUUAGAGGUUGUUACUUACAGAAACCAAAGUGCAAUUAAUGGAAAUUAAAUUAAUUAUUUUAAAAGGGAAAA